UCGUCAUCGUGUCCGGCGUUCUUUCCUUUUUCCUUUGUCGUCAAAUGGCACAAACAGGCUCUUUGCUGCAUUAUAGAAGUCACCAACACUUCAGAAAUCGGUUGGUACUGUCGAUAUUGAGCGGGAAGCCAGUGCGAAUCGACAAAAUACGCUCAGACGACAAAAAUCCUGGUCUUCGGGAUUUCGAAAUAAGUCUUCUCAGGUUACUGGAGAAGGUCACUAAUGGGACCAUAAUCGAAAUAUCAAUAACCGGUACUGCUAUCUUACUGAAGCCCGGUAUUAUAUCUGGAGGUCCAUUGGUUCAUGAUUGCCCUCUGUCACGAUCCAUUGGCUAUUUCCUUGAGCCCAUCAUCAUGUUGGCGCCCUUUUCCAAAAAACCUCUCCAGCUCACUUUGAGAGGAAUAACGACCGACGAACACGACCUUUCCGCAGAUCUGAUACGGACGGUGACGCUGCCUCAUUUGCAGCUCUUUGGUCUCACUGAUGGCGUGGAAUUACGGAUUAAAAAGCGAGGUGCGGCUCCCGCUGGUGGCGGCGAGGUUCAAUUUCUGUGCCCAAUAGUCAAGCAGGUUAAGACUCUUGACUUCGUGGAGCCGGGAAAAAUAAAACGAAUACGCGGUAUAGCACACGCUGUCCGCGUGAGCCCACAAUUUUCCAAUCGAAUGAUAGAGGCGUGCCGCUCUGUCAUAAAUCGAUAUAUUCCUGAUAUAUAUCUCUAUUCAGACGUCUACAAAGGCGACGAGAGUGGAAAAUCUCCAGGUUAUGCGUUGACGCUUUUGGCUGAGUCGACGACUUCGGCAAUCCAUUGUUCGGAGGCGAUCUCUCGACCAGGAGUAACACCAGAGGAGAUAGCACUGGAAGCUUCUCGUUCCCUCUUAGCAGAGAUUGAAAGGGGAGGUUGUGUCGACCAAAAGCACCAGACGUUCGUCCUAAUGAUGAUGGUGCUCGGUAGUGAAGAUGUUGGGCGCUGCCGGAUGAGUGAACCAACACCCCGGACGAUACAAUUUCUGCGAGACAUCCGUGAUUUCUUUGGCACAUCGUUUAAAAUCGUCCCUACAGAUCCUACAGACCCUGACUGUUCACAGCUGUUAUAUUCGUGUUAUGGGACUGGGUAUGUGAACGCCAACCGGACAAUCGCAUGAAUGUUGCCAUUUCGUACUGUAUCUAUAUGUUGUAGUUCUAGACCGGUCAUAAUUCAUCACCAUAGUACCCUUUCAUGCU